AAAUUUUUAUUUAAAAAUCCCAGAAAAUUAAGCUCUCAAAUCCUUUAUACAAAGCUCAGAUCUGUGCGACAGACACCUGUCGUCUCCACCAGCCCAAAGAAAGAAGGGGUCUCUCAGUUCAGGUCACUGCCAAUUUUUCCAAAAGUGCCCAACAAUUUUUCCUUAGAAAAAGGAAAAAACAGGAUUUUUUUUGUUUUUUUUAAGUAGUAAGAAAACUGAGAACGUCUCAAUAAGCUAGACCCAUGCUUCGAGUUGUUUCAUGCCAUAAAUAAACGCUGGCUGUUCAAAGCGGUUGUCGUGUCGACACGAGUUGAGCUUGCAAAUGAAUUUCAGGAGCUUUGAGGAUAUGCCAACAGGAGAAGGCAUCAUGGCUAAGACACAAGGAAAUUUCACAUUAACCAGACAACCUUCCAUAUACUCUUUAACCUUUGAUGAAUUUCAGAACACAUGGAAUGGACUUGGAAAGGAUGUUGGUUCAAUGAAUAUGGAUGAACUUCUAAAGAACAUAUGGACAGCAGAAGAGUCUCAGGCAAUGACAUCUACAGCUGCUGCUGUGGGUGGAGCUGGAAGCACCAAUGGUGGGAACUUGCAGAGACAAGGUUCAUUAACAUUACCACGGACCAUUAGUCAAAAAACGGUUGAUGAAGUUUGGAAAGACUUGAGCAAAGAGGGGGGAAGUGGAGUCGAGGCAACGCCUCGACGACAACCGACGUUAGGGGAGGUGACAUUGGAGGAGUUCUUAGCUAGAGCUGGAGUGGUAAGAGAGGAGCCUCGACGUGUCGAGGAGCGGCCGUUUAGCUGUGGAUUUUUUGGUGGAUUGUCAAGAGAUGACAACAAUGCUAGCUUGGCUCUUGGGAUGUUCAUGGAAAAUCAGAUAGCUGAGAACAAAAACAAUGCUGGUUUGGCUCAUGGGAUGUUAAGGGCAGGAGCUGUAAGGUCUCCUCAGCAGCAGCAGCAGCCACUUUUUCCCAAACCAGCUACUGUGACCUUUGCUUCUUCAAUGAAUUUAGUGAACAAUCAUCCACAGCAUUCUACUGGAGCUGCUACUAAUUUGGUUGUGGCUCCCAAACCUUCUUUAUAUGAUCCUUUACUUCAGGGCAGCGGCGUCGGUGCGGUCGGUUUAGGCACGGGAGGUGUAACUGUUGCUUCAAGAUCUCCUACAAGCACAAUAUCAUCUGACAUGAUUACAAAAAACAGCAUAUCUACAUCUUCAUUUUCACCGGUUCCAUAUUCGUUUGGUCGGGGAAGGCGAAGCGGUGGAGCGUUGGAGAAAGUAGUCGAGAGGAGGCAACGACGAAUGAUAAAGAACCGAGAGUCGGCUGCAAGAUCACGGGCUCGUAAACAGGCAUACACCUUAGAACUUGAAGCAGAAGUUGCAAAACUCAAAGAAAUGAACCAAGAAUUGCAGAAGAAACAGAGAGAGAUAAUGGAAACCCAGAAAGAUCAGGUUUUGGAGAAGAUGAAAUGUCAUUUUGGUGCCAAAAGGCUCUGCUUAAGAAGAACACUGACAGGCCCUUGGUAGAGGUACCAUGAUGAGCACUCAAAUUUAGAUAUAAUGUAUAAAAGGCUUAGAGUGUGUGUUUCUAAUCUGAUAUCAGACUUAGAGAUAGGUUGGUAGCUGUAGAUAUCAAAGUUCAGCACCGGUAUGUAGAUAGCUGACAGAUAGUAGAGUUGAGCUAUAUGCUGUAUAUAUGAACCUUUUGUGUUCCAAUGGUUGUUUGCUUGAACUUUGGACCUCUGUAAAGCUGUUUUUGAUAGUUUGCCUCACCAUUUCCUUCAUGAAAA